AUGGCUCUGUCGACGGCCGAGGUGGAGACGGACGAGUCAGUGCACUCCACCUUCGCUUCCCGGUACGUGCGCACGACGCUCCCGAGGUUCAAGAUGGCGGAGCAUUCGAUCCCGAAGGAGGCGGCGUACCAGAUAAUAAACGACGAGCUGAUGCUGGACGGGAACCCGAGGCUGAACCUGGCCUCCUUCGUCACCACGUGGAUGGAGCCGGAGUGCGAUAAGCUCAUCAUGUCCUCCAUCAACAAAAACUACGUCGACAUGGACGAGUACCCCGUCACCACCGAGCUCCAGAACCGAUGCGUGAACAUGAUCGCCCGGCUGUUCAACGCGCCGCUGGGCGACAGCGAGGCGGCCAUGGGAGUCGGGACGGUGGGAUCUUCGGAGGCGAUCAUGCUGGCCGGGCUGGCGUUCAAGCGCAAGUGGCAGAACAAGCGCAGAGCCGCGGGCCUCCCCACGGACAGCCCCAACAUCGUCACCGGGGCUAACGUGCAGGUCUGCUGGGAGAAGUUCGCCCGCUACUUCGAGGUGGAGCUCAAGGAGGUCAAGCUCCGGGAGGGCUACUACGUGAUGGACCCGGCCAAGGCCGUGGAGAUGGUGGACGAGAACACCAUCUGCGUCGCCGCCAUCCUCGGCUCCACACUCAACGGGGAGUUCGAGGACGUCAAGACCCUCAACGAUCUGCUCGCGGAGAAGAACAAGGAGACCGGGUGGGACACCCCGAUCCACGUGGAUGCGGCCAGCGGCGGGUUCAUCGCCCCCUUCCUCUACCCGGAGCUGGAGUGGGACUUCCGGCUGCCCCUGGUGAAGAGCAUCAACGUCAGCGGCCACAAGUACGGGCUGGUCUACGCCGGCAUCGGGUGGGUCAUCUGGAGGAACAAGGAGGAUCUGCCCGACGAGCUCAUCUUCCACAUCAACUACCUCGGUGCCGACCAGCCCACAUUCACUCUCAACUUCUCCAAAGGAUCUAGUCAAGUCAUUGCACAAUACUACCAGCUCAUUCGAUUAGGGCUGGAGGGAUACAGGCACGUGAUGGAGAACUGCAUGGAGAACAUGCGGGUGCUCAAGGAAGGCCUGGAGAAGACCGGGCGGAUCGAGAUCGUGUCCAAGGACGUCGGGGUCCCGCUCGUGGCCUUCUCGCUGAAGGACAACUCGAGCCACGACGAGUUCGAGAUCGCCGACCUGCUGCGGCGCUACGGCUGGAUCGUGCCGGCCUACACCAUGCCGGCGGACGCCCAGCACGUGACGGUGCUCCGCGUGGUGAUAAGGGAGGACUUCUCCCGGACGCUGGCGGAGCGGCUCGUCAACGACAUCCAGAAGGUGCUCCACGACCUGGACAUGCUGCCUUCCAAGAUGAAGGCCAAGAUGGAGAUGGCCGGAGAGGACGCCGACAGGACCCUCUUCGGCAGCAAGAAGACGGAGAUGGAGACGCAGCGGGAGGUCACCACGCUCUGGAAGAAGUUCGUCAUGGAGCGCAAGAACAAGAGCAGCGGCGUUUGCUAA